GCCAUAACAUCCUCCGAAAAAAGGGGCGUGGCGUGGCGAUCCAUAUCGGCAAACUAAAAUCUUUGGCGUAAAUUCUAAGGAUAUCAGCGUAGAAUUGUAUAUCACGCCGUGGUCCUCCAUCCAGAGAAGUAGACCUUGUACUUUGAGCCACUUUUUCAGUCAGGUGAAAAGAUGGCUGUUGAGCGUGUUCAAGACAAGAUCCCACUCAUUUCUCCCGAGGGCCAGAAAAUGUUGGGUGAGGCAUCCGCCAAACAGACCUUGCUCCUACGCCUCUUCAAAGAACAAGAGAACAACACAUUCUGCGGCAUCCAUUCCUCUGCCCUAGUCAUGAGUGCGAAGCACCUCGGACAGCAGUUCACAGACCCCUCGGAGCACCUGAAGUGCCCAGUUGACAACGUCCCUUACACCGAGGGUAACCUGUUCACCUUCAAGGAGACGAAGGCUGCCCUCGACUAUGCAUCUUGCGAUACCAAUGGUGCUACAAUGGAUGAGAUUUACAACCUUCUAUGCGCACAUGGCUUAACGAUUAAGAAGGUCCAUGUCGAUGAAAGCAGCGUCAAAGAAUUCCGGACUCUUACGUCAGAGGCUCUGUCACAGGUAGGUUCUGAGAAGGGUGUCAUUGUCAACUACGAUGAGUACGAUCUUGGUCAAGAUGAGCAUGUCCAUGGGCACUUCAGUGUGUUAGCUGCGUACCAUGAGACAACGGAUCGUUUUUUGUUACUAGACACUUGGUUCAACACAGUCGACUGUUGGGUCAAUGCUGGGGAUCUCUUCCGUUGUAUGAAUACCUUUGAUAAAGAUGCCGAUAAAUAUCGAGGUUUUAUGAUUGUGGGUUGAUCUUCGCAACAUUUCCAACAAACAAUUUGUGAUGAUGAAGUCUAGGCUGGUAAUGUUGAGUUUGGGGGUUACCCAGUAAAAUAUCUUACCACUAAUGUGGCUAAGAGCAAGACUAGAAAUUUGACACCAGCCUUGACUUCCUCAUCACAUAUUUCCAUAACAUGUACUUUCCAACAUUUACCAGUGUGACAAUGAGUUUUAUCCAUAAGUUUAUUAAUGAGAGAAAAUACUAUUUGAAAAUUUAAAGGUCAAGUCCACCUCAGAAAAAUGUUGAUUUGAAUAAAAAGAGAAAAAUUUAACAAGCACAUUGCUGAAAAUUUCAUCAAAAUCGGAUGUAAAAUAAGAAAGUUAUGACAUUUCAAAGUUUCGCUUAUUUUUAACAAAAUAGUUAUAUGAACGAGCCAGUUACAUCCAAAUGAGAGAGUCGAUGAUGUCACUCACUCACUAUUUCUUUUGUUUUUUAUUGUUUGAAUUAUACAAUAUUUCAAUUUUUACGAAUUUGAUGAUUAGGACCUCCUUGCCUGAAGCACAAAAUGUUAAAAUAAUGGAAUUCCACGUGUUCAGGGAGGAAUGAAACUUCAUUUCACAUGACAAUGACGAGAAAAUCAAAAUAUUUCAUAUUUCAUAUAAUAAAAUACAAAAGAAAUAGUGAGUGAGUGAUGUCAUCAGUUCCCUCAUUUGCAUACUGACCGAGAUGUGCAUAUAAUUGUUUUGUGAAAUGAAGCGAAACUUUAAAAUGUCAUAACUUUCUUAUUUUACAUCCGAUUUUGAUGAAAUUUUCAGUGUUUUGCUUGUUGAAUUUUUCUCUUUUUAUUCAAAUCAAGGUUUUGUUGGGGUGGACUUGUCCUUUAACAAUCAAUUAUUGAUAUUCAAAACAGAAAAACAUAUUUAUGUAAUCGCACAAAGUUUGCCCUGGUAAUAAUUGUGGAUAUUAGAGGCAGAAAUAUAUAGAGUAAGAAAUGUUCAGGAAAAAGAAAAAAAAAGUAAAUAAAAAAGUAUGAAUUUUCUUUGCUUUAAUAACUUUGUAAAAUGCCAGAUUGCCAUUGAUACUGUUAUGUCAGGGCUUCCUAUUUAGUCUACUUUUUGAAAUAGCCAUUAUUCAUAAUAAGGAAUGAUGAUUGAUAGUUGUAGUGGGAGAUUUGCUUCUGUUCAUAAUCAAGUAAUGGUCAUACCUCGGUCAGAUUUGCUCUACAGCGGCCGUACGGCAAGUCGAAAACAGCCGUUUUAUUCAUUUUUAUUCAAACUACCUAUGUAUAGCUGGUACAAAAAAUGUUAAAACGGCUGUUUUCGACUCGCCGUACGGCCGCCGUAGAGUAAAUGUGACCGAGCUAUCACUAGUCAUAACAAGCAAAGAUGGCUAGUCCUCAUUUUGUGAAAAAAAGGGUUGCUAGUCGGACAAGUUAUUAUUUUAUCAUGCAUAGUAAGAAUUUUAUUUGAUUAUAACUAGCGACCCUCUUGGACUCAAAGUGACUCUUUUUAUCCAAAUGAAUAGCAGCCUUAUAUAAGUUGAUUAUGAUAGCGACCUUAAACAAUGACACUUUUCCCAAGUUUUGAAUCUACAGAGACUCUGUGAUUAAAACUCCUAUUCCUUGUUAUGUCCAUUGACCAAAGCAACACUUAUUAAUAAGCCUUUUUUUACUAUGACAGAGGCCCUAUAAACUUGGGCAUUUAUGAAUAGCAGUCCUUAUGACUAAAAACAGGAAACCGGACAUGGUGGCUCAGUGGUAGGUCAUGGGUUUCGAUCCGCGGCCGAGUCAUACAUUGAGCCAAGUCUCUUGAAAAUGGGACCUUCUGCCUUGCAGGUGCUCGACAUAUGAGAAUGCAGAAGGGUAAUAAUAACAUGUCAUUUCAAUGUCAUGCAGGGCCCGCUGGAAGAACAUCUAAUAGCUGAGAGUGGCUACCCUGGAUAAAUGAGAGUUAUUAUUAUUAUUAUUAUCAUCAUCAUCAUCAUUAUUAUUGUUAUUAUUAUUAUGUUAUGUGAGUUUGUAUCAAGAUUUGUUUUGCAAAUUUAUCUGAUCAUUUCAUCACUGUUUAAUCAAAGUAUCUUUAAACCACCUGUUUGAGUGCGAUUAUAGUAUACCCUCCAAAGGCUGAAAUAAACUAUUGAGUCGUACAAAAAUAAUUCAUGUGGAAGAAGCACCUGUUUCAAAAAAUAUAUAGAGACAUUUCUUUUCUGGUCAUUCCAUUCACUCAUUCAAUACCAGUAUGAUAUACAUCCUUGUAAUAUGGAUUUUCAAAAGGACCAAAUAUUUUAAAGCCAAAACAUAAUGUUAAUCGUAUUCCAGAAUAUUUGCACCACUAAGUGAAUAUGAGCAGAAAUUGUCAAUUUUACUUAACCCUUUCCACGCGUACUUCGCACCAAUGCACACUCGGUGCCGUGCGAACUUCGCAUUUCACACUCAACAAACAAUGCAUAGUUCCCCUCCCUGAAAAUAAUUCAGUACAGAUGGGUUCAUGGUCCAGCGCACAAAGAGUUAAAUUGGAUGGUGCUUCUUUACCAAAUUGUCAAUAAGUGGGAAUAUUAAUGAUUGGGAUUGGUGGGCUGAGGGGUCAGAGUAUUUAAACCAGUCCAGGACAAAAUGACUUUAUUGUGGUUUUGCCCAGUGACAUUUGACAUGGAAACCUAAAAAUCAUACAAAAUUCAUCAGAAUACAGGGAAAAAAUAUUUUCACAUUCCUGGAAAAAUAACACUCUGCUUGUAUCGUGUGUUACUAAUCAGUUACUUGGACAGAUUUAGAGAUUUUAAAAAUAUUAAAGCUGUUGUAACUGAGAAAAUUCUUAUAAAUUUGCGAGUUACAUCCAUUUAGAUCCAUCCUAAAUUGGCAAUUGCAAUAUCAUGCUUUGUCAGGCAAAUUUUAAUUUAUUUUCUACGUGAAUUUAAUACAAUUUUCUAUAUUUUUUUCCUUUCAGGUAUUUUUGUAUAUUUCUUGUUCAAUGUACACACUUCGAAAGUUAAUGAACUUUCUUUCUGAAUGAGAAUGCCACAGACUCCCACAAAAAUAUAUCAGGUUAUAAAGCAAUUAAAACAGCUGUGUGACACCUGAUUUAUUGCAUAUGAAUAAAAAUAGAUAAUGAAAGAAAAACAAGAGAAGCAACACAGUUGUUUAUCCCUUUCAUCUUUAUUACAACAAUGUAUCCAAAUAAUUGGGUCCAGCAAACAGUCUAAAUAUCACUAAUUGGUACCAUAACAAGGAAUGCAGCUCAUAAAAGAUGCGGAUUUGAGUUUGUUGGUUUUUGUAAUUAUAUAGUUAUAUAUAUUGAAAAGUUAUUGGAAAUAUUACCUCGUGACUCACUUUAUAUUGACAUACCUAUAAUAUUAUCUAAUUCUCAUAAUACCCACUUUAUUAUAUAAUUACAUAUAGUCAACUUGAUUUUAUAUAAUAUCUAUAUAUAUAGCUUGAAAUUGUCUUGUAUUGGAGAAUGCGAUAUUAUGUUUUGCAGUUAUUAGUGGUUUGCCACUAAGUGGAAUGUGAUUGAUUGGAAUAUAACCAUCCAUAAUGUUACCAAAGUAGGAAUCAAACAAAAUUAUGUGUAUUGUGCUUACCUCAAAACGGGUUGAAUGCUUGUCAAGUGUACUCCUUCAUUAUUUUGGCAGGAUUCAGCUCUGAUUUAACUUCCCAGCCAUUUCAUUGCCCAGAUGUGAAGUGAAUUCAGUGAAGUUCACAUCCUUUCAAUAAGAAUUAUGCUGGCUUGCCAGAACUAUAUUAACUACAUAUGAGAUAUGUUUGAGUAUCAAUGAAUAUGAUUCCUUGAUCUUUCAUUCAUUACAUGAGUUGAUGAUCCUUUGAAACAAUAUUUUUGUGUGGUUAAUAUAUGCUAAUUGUAAUGUAAUCAUGUAAACUAUGGCCAUUAAGAUAUAAUUUUAUACCACACUGAUCAUAAUCACUGGCGGAUCCAGGGGGGGGGGGUGGCACAGCCAGCCCGUGCCCCCCCCCCCCCUUUUGAGAGGCACAAUUAAAAUUUGUAAUGUAAAAAUGCCGUUAAAACAGAAGUAUGCCCCCCCUACGGAAGUGAAGACCUUUUUUUUUUUUGGGGGGGGGGCUUGUCAAUUUUUUUCAUGGACAAAAUCCCCUUAAUUUUUGGUUGAAACCUUUUUUUUUGCUUGUCAAAUUUUUCCUCGGGAAAAUGUCCCCCUCCUUCCUGUUGAAAAAUCCUGGAUCCGCCCCUGAGCAUAAUAUUACUGCUGGUUGUUGAGAUUAAUGUCUUUCAACCAGAUUUUUUUUGGUUAGAGAACCUGCCUCAAUACAUAAAUGUAUGAAUUAAUUAGUUGAAGACCACUGUAUUUUUAAUUUAAUCCUGCUAAACGGUGUCAGAGGUCACAUUUGUUAAAUUUACCGCAAACCAAGUGUCGGUAUAUGAUCUUAUCACUAGUACUAAGUAUGAAUAUAAUUACAAUUUAUUGUCAUUGUUAUUGUUGUUGUUAUUAAUUUUAUUAUUAGUGUUGUUGUUGUUGAUAUUAUUACUAUUAUUGCUAUGACUUAUUAUUAUUGUUAUAUGAUUGACAACUUGUUGUCUUUCUUUUUUCCAUUUUUGUUUUACCAAAGUUAUUGUUUCUAUGUACUGUCUUUCAAAUAUAUAAUUGCUUUACAUUCCAAGAUGUUGGAAAUGUCCAUACUCCUUGCUGUAUACCUAAAUCACAGGCAUUAUUUGGAAGAAAAUAAACCUCUUAUUUGCACAGUAA